CAAGCUUCAUACGCAUUAUAACGCUUGGCAGGUAAUUUGUUGAAGAACCUAAACGCGAGUUGCCAUGUUUAAGCCAUUACCGAAGCCUCACUUCUCUUUCUGAGGGACCACAAUAUUUUUGCAAGCUUCCGAUGGCGGAUGUGCAAGAGGAUUCACCAAUAGGGGGCCAAGGCCAGGCGGAAGGCGGCGCUCCGGCUGCCGACGAGGAGGCCGAGUUGGCGAAACUGCAAGCGGAGCUCUACGGUGGGGAGGGAGACGGCGGCGAUGCUAGUGAGGACCCAGGCAGCGGAGCAGCGCAGGGCGACGGCGAAGGGGGCGGGGAAGCAGCCGUCAUGACUAAGAGUCAGAUGAAGAAGAAGGCCCGGCUAGAGAGGAUGUUGGCGAAGCGGGCCGAGUCCCGGCAGCGCGAGAAGGCCGUCCGGGCCCAGCGGAGAGCGGAGGCCAACGAGCGGAAGGCGGCUGAGUGGGCGGGGAUGAGUGAGGAGCAGAAGGAGGCGGUCAGGAAGGAAAAACAGGCUCGUCUAGGGGCGCAUAAGGACGCUGAGAAGCAACUCAAGGAGCGGUUGAAACAGUCUCUGGAGACCGGACCCCGCAUCGUGAUCGACCUGGACUGGGAGAAGCGCAUGAACGAGAACGACCUGCGGCACCUGGUUCAGCAGCUCAGCUUCUCCUACGCCGCCAACAAGCAGGUGGAUAGACCCGCGCAUAUGGUGCUGACCAGCUUCAAGGGGGGAGUGGCGGCACUGGCCAACAAACUUAACCCGGGUAUGGAUAAGUGGUUUAUAACCCGUACGGAGCAGCACUACGGGGAACUCUUCAGCAGCCCCGAGGAUAAGGCCCGACUGGUUUACUUGACAGCGGAUGCGGAGGACGAGCUAGACGAGCUGGACGAGAGCAAGAUCUACAUAAUUGGUGGAUUGGUGGACCACAACAGGUACAAGGGCCUGUGCGAGGAGCAGGCACAAGCAGCGGGUAUCCCCACCGCGAGGCUGCCCAUCAACCGCUACGUGCAGCUGGCCAGUCGUGCAGUACUAACGGUCAACCACGUGUUCCAGAUCCUGGUGGAGUACUACGCGCGCCGGGACUGGCGACCCCGCCGAGAUAAGGCUUGGGCCCUAACGUACUACCUCUUGUUGCUUUUAACGCUUGGCUGGCCGCUGAUCAACCUCGUUUUGAGGCCCGAACUCAUAGCCAUCUUCUCCUCCCCGGACUACCUGGACGAUCCCGACCACUGCCCCAUAACCCUCGCCAAGGCCCCCUCCUCCCGCACCGCCUCCCUCAUCACGCGAGCUACAGCAGCAGUCCAGGAGGCCAUCGCACCAGCGGCACGUCGUCGACGAGCCAUCGCGAUAUCCUCCUCCGUCGCCCCCAGCGCCUCCGCGCUGCUAUCCCGGUCUACGGAAUCAAGUGACCCCAUCAUCACGACCACGACUACCAGCAGCACCGCCAGCGCACUAACGGCGAAUGAUGAGCUCUAUGAGGGGGAAAAUAAGGGCCCCCUACGAAAAGGACACCCUCUGGAGUCCGAGACCUUCCCCAACCACCAAGAGCUACAACAACAAAACGGACAACCGGAUAACUACCUCAACCAACCCCUCUCAACCCGCAGUUCCGCAAAGGACAUA